CCCGCUGCUCCGCCAGGGGCUGUUGAAUGAGAAGUCUCAACAGUAUGGUAACGCACACGAUGAGUAAUUCACUGGCAACGCUAUGUAAUAUAGGCAAUUCGUGUUAUAUGAACUCGGUGCUGUACACGUUACGCUUUGCACCGAACUUUACGCAUAACCUGCACCAUCUGGUAGAAUUUUUGGAGCUCGUGCUACAUAAAUCGAAUGCCGACAAGAAGUACAUCGUGCAGCACGAUGAAGCUGCUCAGAACGAGCUGAAUGUGAUGAAUUUGAAGCCUAAAUCUUCCCUCGUCGGUCAUACUGCAUCGACCGGUGGAGCGGAAACGGUCGGUGCCCACGCGUGGAGCAGUAAAGAUUUGAUUCAGCAUGACCGGAAUGUGAACGGGUAUGAAAAACCAGCCACAAACAGAACCACCCACCCAUCCGAUGGUUCUGGUGCGUUCAGCGAAAUCAGCUUUGGUGAUAAUGAUAAAUGCAGUGUUCUAAGUAGUCCUACGCAUGUUUGCAAUUCCUGUAGUGCGGCCAAGCCUACCUGUACUGGUGAUAGUUGUAAUAGGUCAAAAAAUUCAGAUAUAAGCUAUAGUAAUGGAAGCGGAACGAAGAACAACCGGCAGCUGGUGUGCGAAACGCUGCACGAACUGUUCCACAGUCUUGCCCGGAAUGAGGCGUCCGAUGUGAUUGAACCGUUUCAUGCCGGCGGAUUGCUGCAGGCGGUACAAAGUGUUAGCAGCACGUUCGAAGGCAACCAGCAGCAAGAUGCGCACGAAUUUCUGAUGUGCAUAUUGGACAGUGUGCGAGAGUCUUGUCAAAUAUUGAACAAACAUCUAAUAGAAAAUCCAGAUAUUCUAAAGAUUAGCCCUUUUCCAUCGCUUGAGAAAACCGCUUCGACAGACGUAACGAUAAACAAUAGCAAUAGUACAGCUGUAAAUUCCGAAACAAAGCUUAGCAACACACAAUUUAUCACGCGUAAUCUAUUUCGCCGGCGCAAAGAAUCGUUAAAAGCGAACACCAAGUCAUGCGCUAAGGAUGGAAGAUCGGACCAACCGGCCAGUACCGUCGUAAGCGUACAAACCGCUUCGGCAACCAACUGUGUACAUAACUGUACGGGAAAGCAAAAGAUGCAGCUGCCGAACGCGAACGCCAGCGUGCAGGAACCAAGUGUUGCCCAGGAACGCUUAAAGCAACGCAUCCGGACGUUGGGAUUAAAUUUUUUUUGUGAAGAUUUUGAAGGUGUUACCGUGUCGAGAACGCGGUGUCUGUCCUGCGAGACGGUUACCGAGCAAAAGGAAACGAUGAUAGACAUCGCCAUUCCGAUCACAUCCAACGAAGUGAGCGAUGCCGUUAAGAACCCUCAGCAAUUUUAUCAGGACGCUUGCAUAACGCAGGAAUAUUUCCGGGGCGAUAACAAGUAUCGAUGUGAAGUUUGCUCCGGCUACACCGAAGCUUGUCGCACAAUUUCCUUUGACAAAUUGCCACGAUUGCUAGUCCUGCAGCUAAAGCGCUUUAACGGCGAUAUGGAAAAAAUCAACAGCUACAUCCCAACACCGUUCAUACUGCAGUGCUUUUGUGCGGAAUGCAUCGGCAAGUCGGACAGCGAAAAGCGUCACAUUUAUCGACUGUACAGUGUUAUCACGCAUGUAGGUGCGCGAAUGUCCGUGGGACAUUACAUCGCGUACACGAGCUCACUCCAGAUCCCGCUGCACUACAUCAACUGUGUGAAAGAUCGUCAGCGAAGAGCGUUACUUGCGGCCGCCUCCUUCGAAGCACAAAAUACGCUGCACGCUUCCGACGGGAUGCACAAUGCUGGUGGAAUUUCGAGCAAAAGUAAUAGCAGCGGCGGUGCCGAGAAAAGCGCGUCCGGUCAAUUAAAGAAGCUAUUCGGUAGCAAAAAAACAUCCAGCGCGGGUGAUAUAAGCAAAAAGUUAAAGAACAACGUAAUCAACCGUUUCUCGCCGAUUAACGGCAUGGAAAGUUUGCAUCUUAACGCAAACACCGACACCUGUCUGGAGAAGCCGGCCAGAUCGGCAGGGUACAUUGACAACUUCUACAGCAUUCACAGUAUCGAUGGCAGUAUGAGUCAGGCGCACGGUGCUGGUGAUUUUCUGCUCAACGGCAGCGAACCAGGCACCGGUCUAUCCUGUCAGAGCAUCGGUUGCUGUGCGGUACUUACAAAGGCAAUGCUUUCGAACGAUAUCAUGCAUCCGGCGUCCAGCAACGGUCGGUGCUUCAUCGACGAUGGUUUAAUGAGUGAAAAUGCGCGCAACAGCAGCGUCCAUAGCCUGUCCCCUGUUACUACAGGGUCACUGUGCAAUAACAAUUGUGCCCACAAUCAUUACAAGCUGGACGCGUCGAACGGUGAAGACCGAUCCACCAUGGCAGACGGUCAUGGUCCCUUAUUUGCCAGCGCGCUCAACAACGACGAUGGGAAAGACCUAAGCUACGGUAAUGUCAUCCACGAGUCGUUAGCCAAUCAGCAAUUAACGUGGUACAUGUGCGACGAUGACAAAAUCAAAAUCAUGACUCAGCCAGAGUUUGAGGAGAUACUUUCGCCGAACCGCCGACACGUGACAACGCCAUACUUGCUAUUUUACGCGCGUUACGAUGUACAGCAAAGUCAACAUAAUCAAUCGAAGGAGCCAACGAUAUCCCCUGCUCAACAGCAGCAGCAACCGUUAGAGCAUAAACUACACACAGCACUUGCAAAACACGUAACGCCAGCAACAAAAUCUGCCACAAUCUCUGUCUAA